AUGGCCCCAACCCAGGAGCAGAAACGGUCGAACAAAGCAAAAGUGCUUGCCGGGGGGAAGCCUGCUAAGGCAAGGAUUCAGCGAUACCUCAAGUCGAUUGAACCAAGACUGAAAGAAACUGGAAAGAAGACUCUUUUACUAAAGGGUAUCAAAUGCAGUCAAGCCAUGGGGAAUCUAUUGAAGGACAUGCGGGCAAUGCAAGCUCCAAAUGUUAAACAUCUGACAAAGAAGAACGCUAUUGUUGCUUUUGAAACGGAGGGUCAGCAGUCUUUGGAGUUUCUGACCACCAAGAACGACUGUGCGUUGUUUGCACUUGCCAGUACCAACAAGAAACGACCAAACAAUUUGGUAUUGGGCCGAACGUUUGAUCAUCAAAUCUUGGAUAUGGUGGAAGUGGGUAUUCUUCGAUUCAAGAGUAUCCAUGAUUAUGGAGGUUCCAUUCCCAAGAAGCGACUCGGAUCCAAACCACUGAUGCUAUUUCUCGGAGAUUUGUGGCAACAAGAUUCUAGCUGCCAAAAGAUGCAAAACCUGUUGAUUGAUUUCUACCGUGGUGAUGUCAUCGAUAAGUUGAUGGUCGCUGGAUUAGAUCAUUUAAUUGUGUUUGUAGCUGCCCAACACCCAAAGACGGAACAGUUGAUUGUCCACCAGCACACAUAUUUCUGCAAGCUCAAGAAGGAUCCUAACAACCCUGCCAGCAAGGUCCCUGUUCCUUACUUGCUUCCAUGUGGCCCUGACAUGACAAUGGCGAUUCGAAGAACACAGUUUGCUUCUCCAGAUAUGUGGAAGGAAGCGUUGAAACAGCCACAGGCACUCCAGAAGAAGAAGGUCAAGAAUCACUCAACAAACAUUUUUGGAGAAACCAUUGGAAGGUUGCACGUGGAGAAGCAAGACGUCGACAAGAUGGGAGGACGCAAGGUCAAGGCUCUUCGUCGGGCCGAGAAGGCUGCAAAGCUGGAAGAGAUGGAAGCGUUGGAGAACGAACUAGAAAAGGAAGGAAACGAACUGGGUCAAGAGUUCAAACAAACGUUUGGUUUCAAACAGACUUAG